GAAUUUUGAUCGGUUGGGAUUGAAUCCGAUUUGUCAAUAGCGCGAAUUGAUUAGGUCAAUAUUAUUGUCAUAUGAUAUGUCAUAUGUCGUGUCAUAUGGCAUAAAUUGAUAAUAACCCUUUUAAAUAAUGUUUAUUUAGAAAACACAUUGCUUCAAUAUUUCCAAUUAUGAAAUAAUCAUGGUUGACUAAUAACUAAAAUUAAUUCAAGCGUUUGUUAAAUAAAUAUGGUACAUUUGCAAUUUUUUUUUGUUGAGUGAACAAAAGACGUGUUUUAAAGAUUUAUUAAAACAACAAUGAGUUUUAACAGUGGAAAUAAAAAUGUUAAUGACAUGAUUAUUGCAUCGAAAAAUAAUAGGAAAAAUGCUAAAGACUUCCUUAAAUGGAUAGAAUCUUCCCGUUUAAAAGUCUUACAUGAAUUGGAUAGAGGAGCAUUUGGAGUUGUUCAUAAGGCUAGAUGGUAUAAAAGAAACUAUACAGAUACUGUUGCCGUGAAAUUUUUUCAUGAUGAUAGAGAAUUUUUAAGAGAGUUUACAAAUAUUCACAGAAUGAUAAAAAGGUGUUCUAGUGAGGAUGACACUAUAUCAGAGAAAAAUCUCGUUCAUUAUUAUGGUGCUACAUAUGAUUAUGAUAAUGAAGAAUAUGGUAUUGUCAUGGAAUAUUAUUCACAAUCUUCUUUGAGCAAUUACUUAUAUAAAAAAUGGAAAAAAAUUUAUUGGGAAGAAAGAUUAAAAAUUCUUCGAGACAUCUCUUACGCUCUUUACAUACUUCAUGAUCAAGAUUUAGUUCACGGAGAUUUGCAUAGUGGAAAUAUAAUGAUUGAUGAUGAUAAAGAUGACCCAAAUAUUGCAUGGAUUGGUGAUCUUGGAUUUUGUAGAGAAGAAGAAAAUGAGAAAAAAUACGAUGGUUUUCGUGGUGUAAUGGCCUUUAUGGCGCCAGAAAUCCUUAAAGAAUUACCGUAUAGUAAAAAAGCGGAUAUUUAUAGUUUUGGAUGCAUUAUGUAUCAUGUUUCAACUAACAGAGCUCCUUUUUAUGAAAGAGCUCAUAACAGACGAUUAAUGAGACAAAUUUCUGAAGGGCUUAAACCAACAAUUUAUCAAGACGACGAAAUUCCUCCGUGUUUUGAAAGUUUAAUGCAUCAGUGUUGGAAUUUUAAUCCUAAAAAUAGGCCUAAUGCUUGUACUUUGUACAAUAAAUUUUGCGAUUGGAUUGAUGAUGAUGAACGAUUUGAGGAUGUAAAAUGGGACACAAUCAAACCGGUAAAGAAAUCAGAUUACCAUAGAGAAACCAACUAUAUGAGUCAAACAUGGAUAUUCUAAUGAUAUGCUGUAUUUUGGUCUGGAAUUUUACAAUAGCACAAUGAUUUUGAUGUAAAUUUGAUGUAAACGACUAUACAUUAAAAAUGUAUGCAUUUUACGAUUUUGCGUGCACGUUAAAGACUUCGUAAUAUAUAAAUUUUAGCUCAAAAUAAGUUAAAUGUUGCGUGACUAUACAAUUUUCCGUUGAUAAGUAUUUUUGAUUUAAUGUUAAUCAAACUGGAGAACAAUCUUAUUUAUCAAUUGAUCCCUUGUAAAGAUUGUAAAGAAUUUAUUCAAAAUUUUUUUCAUUAAUUAUCAUUAAUUACAUUAAUUAUCAGAAAAUAUUUAUUUUACAAAUAAAUUAAUAAACGUGAACCUUGUAACUUUUAAA